AUGGGCGCUGCGGACCUCACGCCGGCGGGAACGCAACCGGAGACGAGCCAGGCGGCGGUCGCGGAAUCGGAGGCUCUGCCGCCGGGCUCGCGCGAUAGUGACGAGCCCCACAGAGACGGGCGGCACACAGAGAGCUCCGGACGGCAGGAGCACGGUGGGCCGGAGACGAGUGGCCGAACAGGGCGGGCGCCGAAUCCGCGCAGCAAGGAGGAGGAGGAGGGGCCACGCUCGGCGGAGAGGGAGCGACGCUUCGAAAGAGGGCACGUGGGCGCGUUCCGCCCACGCGGCGAGCGUCAGGAGCAGAGAGAGUGGGGCGGCGGCGCUUCGCAGGCGGCAGGACAGCAGCAGCCGCGCGGGGGCAGGGGGCAAGAGGCGGAGCAGACGCCGCCGAAGCGGCACGGUCAGCAGCAAGGUGGGCGCAGUAGCAGCAUGCGCUCGCCAAGCCGGACUAGGCAGAGGGAGCGGAGAGACUGCAGCUGGUCCCGCUCGCCGGACGGGCAUCACACGCGCAGGGAGCAGUACGCGGGAGAGCGAGCACCAACAGGGCGGCAGCUGCCGCGCACUUGGAGGGAGCACCUGGACGCCUGGUCUCCGUCGCCAGAGAGGUGGCCACGGCGCGAGACGAGCAGAAGGGAGGGGCGUGGGGUGCACGAACCGCCGACGGUGCAAUGGGGACGGACAGAGGGGCGCGGGGAGUCGAGGGAGAGGCGGUACGAGUCCGGCGGAAGCCGCCAAGAGAGCAGGACGGAGGGCGGGACUCUGGCGCGAGGGGCAGAGCGGGCACGGGAGGCCAGGGAGGGCAUGCAGAGGGCACGGGACCGACCCUGA